AUGGAUGAUACCGAAGAUGACAUUGCCAUAGUUGGGAUAGGAUGCAAUUUCCCAGGAGGUGAGGGGCCUGACAAUUUCUGGAAGGUUCUAUUGGAAAGCCAGAACUGUGUAGUAGACAUUCUGGACGAGAGGUUUGACAGCACUUCCUGGUAUGAUCCUGAUGAUAACAAACCUGGGAAGACGCAAAGAACCAAAGCUGCUCUCAUAGAUGGGUUUAAUGAGUUUGAUCACAAGUUCUUUGGCAUCACUGAGGCUGAAGCAGACUGAAUGGACUCUCAGCACAAGCUCUUACUGCAGUGUACAUACAGGGUAUUGGAGGAUGCUGGAAUGCCAAUAGAGAAAGUCAGUGGGACCAGAACAGCUAUUUACAUAGGUAAUCAUAACGCUCUUCUGAACCUAAGCAUAGCUAAUGAGGUUCAAAUCAUUUUUUCGUGCGAACAGUCAUAUUCCCAAUUUAUAUUGUCACUAAGACUAUCCAUAAAUUGUAAUUACAUAGACAGGCACAGCGACACACAAGAAAGUGGACAGGGAAUUUCCUGUAAAUCAGGGAUGGGCAACUGGCUUGCUGAAGCACCCCCAGAUCAUCACCGAUCCUCCACCAAAUUUCAGUGGAUCCCUACUAAAGCAGAAAAGUGGAGAGAUUCCAGUGCAAGAGUUGCAGGAAUAAACAAUUUUGGUUUUGGAGGAACAAAUGCACACGCUAUUGUCAAACAACACAAGCAGUCAAAUGUUCCUCAAAAAAGUGGUAGGAAAUCACACAAUUUAUUUGUCCUCUCUGCCAGUUCUGAAAAGUCUAUGAGUAUGAUGAUGGAGGACACAAUUCAACAGAUAGACAGAGACAACAAAGGUGAUCUAGAAGCUCUUGCAUACACAUCUGCAUGUAGAAGAAGCCACUUGAAACAUCGAUAUCGGAAAGCAUUCAGAGCUCCCUCUCUGGCUGAUCUUAAAGAUCAACUCAAAUCUGCCAUGAAAAAGGUAACCACGCCGUCUUACUCAGAUCCCAGGCUAGUAUUUGUCUUCUGUGGGAACGGUGUAACCUAUCAAGGCAUGUGCCAGCAGCUCUUGAAACAUGAGCCUGUGUUCAGAGAGAAGAUCAGACAAAUUGAGAAGCUUUUCCAGAAGUUCAAUAACAUGAGUAUCAUAGAGAGACUUGAGAGUGAAUCAGAGAGUAAAGAUCUUUCAAACCCAGAUGUUGUCCAGCCCCUCCUCUUUGCCACUCAGGUUGGCAUAGCCAGUCUCUUCAAGCACUGGGGCAUCAAACCUGAUGCCAUUCUUGGCCACUCUAUAGGAGAGGUUGCUGCUGCCCACUGCUCUGGUCUGUUGUCCCUUGAGGAUGCAGUGAAGGUGAUCUACUUCCGCAGUACUCUGCAGAAUACGGUCACAGGAGGGAAAAUGCUUGUGGUCAGUAACAUGGUCGUAUCAGAGGUCUUGAAGGUCCUGCCCUCUUACUCAAAUAAUAUUUCUUUGGCUGCCUUCAACAGCCCACAGUCCUGCACGCUCUCAGGUGAUGCAGAGGCUAUAGACAGUCUCCAUCGAAAGCUGAGCAGCUCAGUCAAGAGUAAGAAUCUGUUCCUCCGGGUUUUGGAUGUCCCUGCUGCAUACCACAGCCAGAUGAUGGAUCCCAUCCUGUCUCAACUAGAGGACAGUAUUGGCUCUUUACAAGUCAAUGAUGUUGAGACAGAAUUGUUCUCCACAGUAACAGGAAAUGAGGUAGAGCAGCCAGACUUCAGCACAGGCAAAUACUGGGCCAGGAACAUACGAGAGACAGUUUCAUUUGAACAGGCAGUGAGAUCUGCAACCAAAGGGAAAAAGAAUGUAGUCUUUGUGGAGAUUGGCCCUAGAAGGGCUCUACAAAGAAACAUCCAGGAGACUCUUGGAAAUGACACCAUAGUUCUGUCCUCAGUGCAGCCAGAAAAAGAUCAUGAGACAAUGCUGAAUGCUGUGUCCAAACUGUUUGAGUUGGGGGUUCAGGUAGACUGGGAUCAGUUCUACAGAGGCCGUGAGGCUUCACCAACAUCUUUCCCAAGGUAUCAGUUUGAUUCUACUCUGAGAGAUGUUAUCAUGGCUGCAUCAAAGGUACAUCAUACAUCAGGUAAUCAUCCUGUGCUAACUCAUACAGCUAGCGAUAGCAAUACCUUCAGUUGUGAUCUGUCUUCUGACUCAGUAUCCUACCUGCACGAGCAUAAACACAAUGGUGUUGCCAUAAUCCCCGGUGCCUUCUAUACUGAGUUGGGUUUGGCUGCCUUCAUGGCCAGUGCCAAACCAAAGGUUCCACUCAACACACUGCAAGUCAGUAUCAGUUUUCAGAGUCCCUAUGUUUUCACACAGAAUGCACCAGAGAUGAAAGUGCAACUUGAACCAGCAGUGGAUGAGACCCAUUUUAAGAUAGAUUCUCCCUCCACAAACCAUGCAUCAGUAGGUGGUUGCUUUACAGACAAAGAGGGAAGAGUUUUGGUUGAGCUUAAACAUGUGGUGAUUAAAUAUCUUGGGAGCCGCUCUCAUGUUGUGGAAGAAUACUUCUUCCACAAUGAAUUCAAUGUUGUCUGUGAGGAUAUCAUCUCCUCUAAUGCCAGUGAGGCACCAAAGGCCUUGGUAUUUUCCGACCAGGUAGACCUUCCAAAAGUCAUGCAACCACACUUAAGUUCACAGUCUAGAUACAUCUCCUUCACACAAUCUAAGGAGGUCUUGAGCCAUGGAUUUCCUACACUCCUGGCAAACCUUAAUAUCACAGAUCUCAACAAACACUUCCAGGAAGUGUUAUUUGUGUGGGGCCAGGAAGAUGUUACUUCACUGAGAAAUGAGUAUGUUCUGGAGACUGUGAUAAGCUGCUGUGAGAUGCUCAGGAAAAUUGUCCUGUCAUUGAGGGCCAUGCAAUUUACAAAUUCCAUCAGAGUAGUAACCUACCGGUCGGCGGAGAACGCGGCGGACCGCAUCAGCGCAGGCUUUGUCCUGUCAGGCAUGACUAGAUCGUGUGCUGCAGAAAUGGAAAAGCUUUCCUUCCAGCUGAUUGACAUCAACUCUGUCUCUACAGAAGACAUCAUAGCUCCGUCUCAGGUCUUAAAGUCAUACCCUUGCAAAAGAUACCCAGAGUUGGUUGUGAAAGGUGGGCUGAUUUUGAAACCUGAUAUUGUACAUACUCCCAUUGGAAGCAUUGAGAGCACUGAGGGAAGUAUUUUCUCUUCAAUGUCUGAGCCAUGCAUCUUUCAGACAAAUGACCCAUGCAGAAUGACUAGCUUGUCUGCCAUUCCUUGUGAUGUUGACAAUACAAACAUCCAUAAGAAAUCAGUUAAGAUUCAGCUCAGGCGUCAUUCCUCAGACUACUGUCCUGUCAGUGUCUCUGAGCUGAACUAUGGUCAGACAAUGUACUGGAACAAUCACACAUCUCAGAACCACCAGCUUGUGGCUCUUGACUUCAGUGGUACUGUCACAGCUGUAGGGAAAGAUGUGAACACACUGAAAGUGGGAGACCAUGUAGUAUCAUGUUAUCCCAUCGCUGCAUCUUCUACGAUUGUGAUUCCUGAAGCAGCAUGCUACAAGACAAAGAGGCUCACAUUUCUGAAGGAGGCUCCUUGUGUGUCCUACUUUGUUCUGGCAUGAGAGAUACUGCACAGACUGUUACCUACCAUCAAACAACGGAGAAGGUUGAGCAUCAUCUCCUCUGUUCCUGACUCUAGUCUGCUGAAGGUCCUAAUCCAGACAGCAAACAAAUCAAGAUGGAAAGCCAUUGUAGGGACACAGUGCAGUGGAAUGUUUGCUGAUGCAAUUCUCCUCCUUCCACCAUUUGAUAAAUCUCUGUUGGCAGAGGUCAGCAAUUGUCCUGAUGUCAGACAUGUUGUCAUUGUCUGUGAAUCCCAGUCCCACUGCUUGCUUGAACAGAGUGUUUUCCAGAAUGUUAAGGAUAGUGUUCACAUCCAGACUCUUCAGAUGUCCAGCAUCUUACAAAAGGGAUCACUCAUUGCCAAGAGGCCACAGAUUUAUAAUUGGCUAAAGUCCAUGCAUUUGGGAAUUUCUCUAGAGACCUCUACCUUACAGAGAAUGUCAUCCGGUAGCAUUGACUUCCUGUCUGUUGAGUCGUACUUCAGCUCAAAGACCCUGUCUGUUGUGACGCUGGGUAAAGAUGAUUCCAAAGGCACACUGUCCAACAUUCAGUUGCUGCCUAAACCAACCCAGCUAUUCCAGAAGAAGUCUGUGUACAUUGUCACAGGUGGUCUCUCUGGGCUGGGGUUUGAAACAGUGAAGUUCCUUGCUCAGAAAGGUGGAGAGUACAUCGUCAUACUCUCCAGAAGUAGCCCCACACCAGACAUACAGCAGGAGAUAGUCAUUCAGGAGAGACAUGGAGUGCCCAUAUUGUAUGGAUGUGAUGUCUCUGUCUCUGAGCAUGUGCUCAGUGUGAUUGGUCUCAUUGGUCAGAAGUUUCCCUCUUGUCCAAUCAAAGGGGUGUUUCACAGUGCAGUCAUCCUGCAUGAUGGAUUGAUUGAAAACCUUGACAAAUCCCACUUUGAGAAAGUCCUAAAGCCCAAGGUGAAUGGAGCUCUGAAUCUACACCACGCCACAAAACACUGCAAGUUAGACUACUUUGUGUGCUACUCUUCCAUCUCUUCUUUCCUUGGCAAUGCCUCACAAACAAACUAUGCAGCAGCCAAUUCAUUCCUGGACUACUUCUGUCACUAUAGACGGAAUAUUGGACUAUCUGGGCAAUCCAUCAACUGGGGAGCUUUGAACCUUGGUCUCCUGCUUAACAAGGAUCAUUUACACAGGUUUCUGGAGACAAGGGGAUUGAUGGUGAUGGAUGUUACAGAGAUUCAUGAGAGUUUGGAACAAUGCCUCUUGCUAAACAAAACCCAACAGGUUGUGUGUAGGUUUCACAUCAAGAACAUGGUGAGCAAUGUUCUCUCUCAAAAUGCAUCAUUGACCGUGCGUAUGACUGCAUUAGUGGAUGAGGCAGUGCAAAAACUCAAAUUCCAAAAGACACAAUCUGAACAUACUUCUGUGUCAUCUUCCCCAAAUGAAUACAUCAGGUCUGUACUCAGUCAAACAAUUGGUGUUGACAAGCAUGAGUUAGAUGACGAUUCUCCUCUCUCUGCCUUAGGCAUCGACUCAAUGCUAGCCAUGACCCUGCAGAACCUCAUCUUUCAGGAUAGGGGUGUGAAUGUGCCCCUGGUUACAUUGCUGGACCCCAAUAGGACACUGUCUACAUUGGUAUCAAUGCUGAUGGAGAGUACUGAGGGUGAAUCUGAGAAUGAUGAUCAGAAAGAGGACAUGACAGAUGACAUGUUGACAAGACUAUAG